UGAAAUUCUUUCAUCGAGUUGCGUUCAUCGAAUGAUCAAUUAUCAUUGGAGUCGGUCGUGAUUAUAUACGAAUCUCUUCUUCGUCGAGAAACAGAGAGAGAGAGAGAGAGAGAGAACGGACGAGAGCAAGAAAGAGAGAACGAGCGAACGAAUGAGAGAGAGAAAGAGAGAGAGAGAACCAACAUGCGAACGAAAGAGUGAGAAAAGCGAAAGAGAGCAAGAGAGAGAUCAAGAGACAGAGAAAGACAGAGAGAGUCGAUGUAGAUGCAAAAGAUAGUCAUGGGAGCAUCGAUUGCGCACGAUCACCCGGUUUCCCUCUAUUUGUUUCCCUCGGGCUCCGCGUUGUUUCGUCGUGGCUGUUACUGCGUGUAACGACAUCGCACCACGAUCAACCUCUUUCUACACUCUUUCUCUUGUCGUCGACGACGACAGUUACUACUACUACUACUGCUAUUAUUACUACUACUAUUACUACUAUUACUACUACUACUACAUUACUACAUCACUACACUACUACUCUCUACUACUACUGCUAUUACGACGACGACGACGACGACGACGACGACGACGACGACGGCGACGGCGACGGCGACGACGACGACAACUACAACGACAACUACAACGACAACUACAACGACCAACGACAACAACGACAACGACCGUCGUCAUCAUCGUCGUCAUCAUCGUCAUCGUCAUCAUCAUUAUUAUCAUCAUCGUCAUCAUCAUCAUAAUCGUCAUCAACAUCAACAUCAUCAUCAUCAUCAUCAUCAUCAUCAUCGUCAUCGUCAUCAUCAUCGAGAGAAAGAGAAAGAAAGAGACACGAUCCAUAUUCGCGAACACGAUUUUUCACCCGGCACAUCCUCUCUAUCGUCAUCCUUCUUAUCGGUGCUUUUUUCCUCCUGUUGAUCGUUGUAAAAUCUCGCGCGAAGAAAAUAAUUCUCAUAGUCGAGCCGACCACGUCGAGUUCGGCUGAGGAAGCCGAUACUCCAGGUUUGUCGUAGUGUUAAUUGUAUAUGAAGAAAAUGGUGUCGACACGUCAAUCAAGUAGCAUAGGUGCAAAUAAUGGAGGAGGUACUGUUAACGACGUCAGGGAAGUUAGUCCGUCGAGGAAACAUCAGGCUUCGUCCUCAGCAGGACCUUCCAGCACGUCUUCUUCAGUUUCUCCUCCUUCGAUAUGCAACUUAAGCCUUUUUGAUUUGCCGGUUGAAAUCAUUGAGAAGAUCUUUAGUUAUUUGAAUUAUAACACGGUAGCACAUUUACGUCCAGUUUCUCAUCAAAUGGAUCGUGUCUGUGGAAACAUUCUCAAUUCGGCAUUUCAAAAACUGCAAGCACAAAUGUUGAGUCGCUUUCAAGCGAUCAAAUCUCAAAUGCCUAGACGUGAAUCCGCGCGUCGUAAUCAUCCAUUAGCAUGUGAAUCGGAUAUUAUAGAAACUUUACAUAUGCGACUUACUUUACUUCAAAUGUGUUUCGGUAAACAUAUAGAGAGAAAACAUUGUUGCUUUUUUCCUGGAGAGAUAUUGGAUGAAGUUUUUCGUAUAUUACAUUAUAUAAAGAUUACUCCAAAAUUAGCACGACCUUACAAAGUCACAGAUGAAUUAUUUGAUUUGAGUACUAUGGCUAUGGAAUAUUUUAAAGAACGAAUUGAGCCAAUGUUACCAGAAAUUCCUUAUUUUGGAGCUGAUUUUCUGGAUUUAGCAGGGACAUUCCCUUCAGCUAGUAAUGUUAGUAAACCAUUUAUGUGCCUGGAUUCUGCGCCCCUAAGUGUUGGAAGCAGUAAAGCGGGGAGUGGUAGUGGAGAGGAAGGUUCUCCUCCACAUUCCUCCGAAGAUCCUGCUCUCUUAGAAACGAAUGUUUCACCUCCACAAUCAAACAUGGUAUUACGGAAACGGAUUCGUAAAAUAAAACAAGGAAUGAAGAGAUAUAACAGUCAAUUGACGUUGAUGCGUAGGGAUUUAAGGAGUUGUAAGGCGAAAAUAGCCGAGCAACAGAAACAAAUUGUAGAGUAUGCUACGCGUCUCGACGACAAUGACAAAAAGAAUGAAGAGACAUCUCGCAAGUUUAGCACACUACUACAGGAAUUAAAUAAAUGUAAGACGGAACUUCAAUAUUGGCGGUCUAAGUCCCCUGCGAUACCUGUUUGCGUUGGUUGUGGUCAAUCUAUGCCAGUACCUACGGAAGAUCUACAGGCUUUAGUUAAUCAAGGAGUAAUGCCAGAGGUAUUUGGAGAAGGAUUGGAUUUUAUCCCUAUAGCGGAUGCACAUAGUCCCACGGAAGUUGUUCCACAAGCAACCGUGACGCAAUCACCAUCGCCAGCAGCUCCUUCGGAACCUGCUGAGAUGGCACCUCCUAAAACACCUAUACCAACGGAUUCCUUAAAACGGAAAUCUAGCGUGGACGAAACACCGAGCGACGCUACGAAAAAACCACGUCGUACUGCCAAGUCUCGUCAAGCUAAACGCUCAAAGCUGUAAAUUGAUUCUGAUCAUGGUACAAAUAUCUAUUCUUAUAUCUCUGAUCGGUUUUUCCAAGAGAAGGUAUUUCAUUCUUCUUAUUUUUCUUUAUUCUCUGCAUUACGAAAAAUCACAUUAGAAAAUGGCACGUUCUGUUACGAAGACAAACAGCAGGUGGUGGAUGAUCUUAGAAAAGUACAAAAUUCUUUCCCGAUCGUCCUACAACGUGCUUCGCAUGCAACGAACCCCCCGUUUUGGAAAUUAAUAUAUAAUUCGAUUAGUUGUUAUUUUUUCCAUUCUACGGACGCACGGCGGUGAUCGAUGCAGCUAGCUUAAAGUUUAUUUAUAUUUAAAAGAACGAACAUACUCUCUUACGAUGAUGAUUGAUCACAAUGGUAUCUGCAUAUAUUCUAAACGAUAGUAAAUUUUUUCCAACAUUUUCUCGUAACGCAACGCGUCUAUCUUUCCAACCUUCUUUCGAAGACUUCUUAGAGUAUUCUCUAUUAAUAUCAUAAUCGCCAUGGUAUAUCCGAGGUUUACGGAAGGCAUUUGACAUUUUGUUUGUCGACCCAAAGAAUUUCAUUUCUAUUUUUUCUCUUUUUCUUUUUUUUUUCUUUUUCUUUUUUCCCCACUAUUUUUUUUUAAACAUCGUUCCACGUCAUUUAAAAACAACAUGAAAUUGUCUGUUAGAAAUGUCGAGAUAGAAUUUCGAGAUAGAAUUUCGAGAGAAUAUCAACAAACGAAAUUUACCUUCUGUUCUCCUUGGACAAGUAACGAACGAGUACCGAAUUCGUAUCUUGUUUUUAACGUGAUAUAAUAAUAAUAAUAAUAAUAAUAAUAAUAAUAAUAAUAUUAAUAAUAAUAAUAAUAAUAAUAAUAACUUUUCCGUAGUCCAUAAACUGAAUAUUUCAUCCCAAUAUUUUUCAUGAAAAUCGUCGUUUAAGAAAAUAUUCUAACUGGCGUGAUGGGAUGAUGUUUGGUAUUAAAAUUGUAUAAAAUGAAAGAAAGAAAGAAAGAAAGAAAGAAAGAAAGAAAAAGAGAAAAAGAAAAGAAGGAAAAAUGCUUGUAUAAAAUUGAUCGUUGAAAAACUCUUAGUUGUAAUUUUAACAGGAAUAGAAAUUUCACGUUGUGCAUGGCUAUCGAGAUAUCGCCAGUGGAUAACAAUAUACAAUAGAUGCAUAAUCUCUUUUUUUUUUGGCGAAAAUGGAAUGUCAUCGAGUUUUGUAGAGAUUUUUAUAUGAAGUAAGAACAAAAUUCGGAGGAAAGGAUUGAAGAAAUGCAAAAACAAAACAAAAAAGAAAAGAAAAAGUAAGAAAAGGAUAAUAAACAAACAAACAAAAAAGAGAAUAUAGAAUCAUUAUCGGAAAAGAAAAAUUUUUCGAGAAUAUGGCUUGGGAAAGAAGUACCAUACGUACAUACAUACAUAUAUAUAAAAUACACGAGAUACGUGAAUGCGUUCGUAAAAGAUAUCAAGAUAUUUCGUAACGCGUUCAUUUUUUUUCUUUUUUUUUUUUUUUUUCUUUUUAAAUUUAAUCUUUUAUUCUCUCUUUAAACGUGCCGUCGAGCUUGAAACGAAAACAAAAAAGAAAUAAGCGAGAAACAAAACAAAAGAAAAGAAAUUAAUAAAUGUUUCGUUUCGCAUAGAAAGAAACGUUCGGUCGAAGCAGGUGUGGUCGAAGAUAUAACAAACUAGAAAUAUAUAUAUAUAUAUAUAGCACGGGAUUACUUACUUAUCGAAAUAAUUUAUUCGGUUAAUCAAUAGUCCCUACUUUAUCGUCUUUCUAUAUUUAUUUUCAUUUCCUGCUUUUUUUUUUUUUUUUUUUUUUUUUAUAAUUAUUAUUUCCCCCGCCUUCACAUCACUUCAUCGUUGGACUUCCGUACAUGAACUCGUGUAUAUGAAUACUUUCAAAUUAGAAGUGAAUAUAUCAGGUUAAUAAUCAAAAGAAAGGGGGAAAGAAAAAAUAAUAAAAAUCGUUUCAAUCUAAACGAACUUCUUUUUUUUUUCAUCUGAGCCUUAAGAGAAGUAAACAAGAGAAACGAGAGGAUAAGAGAAAAGGAAAGUUUGGAAAGAAAUAUGGAACGUUCGACGAAAUAUGAGCGAUAAUUGAACGAGAUAAUUGAAAUAGAUAAUUUGAAAAAAAAAUAUGUGUCACAUAUAUAUAUACACAUAUAAAUAUAUAUAUAUACACACACACAUAUAUAUAUAUAUAUAUUAUUUUCUCACGACAGAGAGAGAGAGAGAGAGAGAGAGAGGGAGAAAAAGAAAGAAAGAGAGAGAGAGAGAGAGAGGGAAAAAAGAACGCCGUCGCACAAAUGGUGGUGCGGUGUGUUAAAAUCCGCAAAGAGACGGCGUGGUAUUGCAAUAUUAAUAGAGCUAGGUAAUUAUUUAUAGGAACAAUUAUUUAUAGAAGGAAAAGAGGGAAAAAAACAAUUAAUAACAAUACAACAAAAGAAAAUGAUUGGGCAUCGAGAAGUUACCGUUGCAAAUUUAUGAACGCAAAAAUUUUCAGUAAUCUCAAAACAAUAAUGUUGUUAUUGAAAGCGUACAAGCUUAUCUAUAGGAAAAAAACUAACUAACUAACAACAACAACAACAACAACAACAGCAGCAAAAAGGAGGAUUACAUAUAUAACGACAAUUAUACAUAUAUAGUGUCGGGGAAAGACGCGUAAAUUCAAAUUGUCAUUUAUUAACAAUUGAGUAUAUGGGAAAUCGGUUUUCAAAGUCUGACGCUUUACCCUGUGCGAUGCUCGAUGAUAGAGAGGACUUCGUAGGAAACAUGUUAAUUGUCUUAUUUGCACCGAUCAUCCAAUUAAUCUCAAAGAAGUGUAGUUAGACAUAUUGUGAGUUUAUUCAUGAUUCUAGUAAUAAAGAUAAACAAAAUAAAAAAAAAAACAUAAGGAUAAUAAGUAAAUAAUACUUCAUUAUGAAUAUAUGUAUAUAUAUAUAUACAUAUGUACGUGUGUGGAUGUAUGUAUGUAUGUAUGUAUGUUGUAUGUAUGUAUGUAUGUAUGUAUGUAUGUAUGCAUGUGUGCAUGUAUGUAUGAAUGAUGUAUGCAUGUGUGCAUGUAUGUAUGCAUGUGCGUGUGAGUGUUUGUUAUGCACAGUCAAUGCAUAUAUAUGUAUAUAUAUAUAGAUAUGUAUAUGCAUAGAUGCAUGUAUAUACACUUGUCUGUAUGUUCAUACCACUACAGAGCAUUUUAGUUUAAACUUUAAUGGAACAAUAAGAUAUAAUAAUUAAUAGUUAUGAAAUAAUUAUCGAAAUAUAUAUAUAUACAUAUACAUACAUACAUAUAUAUAUAUAUAUAUAAUUUUGUAUCGAUGUCAAAAAAAAGAAUUAGGGAAAAAGGAGAAUAAAAGGAAGAGAGAGAGAGAGAGAGAGAGAGAGAGAGAGGAUGAUGCAAAUACUUGAUGAAAGAAUCCAUAUGCAUGAUUAAGAAUGUGUGAUAUAUAUUAUAAAUAUAGUAAGAAGGGGAAAGAGAGGGUAAAUGUGGAUGAAAGAGUAAGAAAGAGAGAGAGAGAGAAAGAGAGAGUGAGAGAGAGUGAGAGAGAGAUAGGAACGUGUGAGUGAGAAAGAUUCUAAAUUCAAACUUGAGGAGAAUUUAUGAUGUGAUGCUUUAUCGAUUAAACUGCGGGAAAGUGACCUUUAUUCAAAUAAAAUACACGUGGGGCGUUUCUGGCUACAAAACUAUGUGUGAGUUUCACUCAACAAAGAACACGCAUAAGGUUUUUUGCGGGGGCGGUCGUAGCCGAAUCGCUGUGUAUGUCGGAAAUUUUCGAAAAUGCUUUUAAUAAUAAUCGUACCAUUUAGUAAUAUAUAAAUGGGACUGUACUUAAGUCAUAGUAGAAAAUAAUAAAAGAAACAUAAUAAAAAAAAUUCGUUUGCGCGAAGAUAGAAGACACAAGAAAAAAAAGGAAAAAGAUCAAAUUCCAACGAAACUUCUUAUGGUGGCAAUUCAUUAUAGAGUUUUGUUUCGCUGAUAUAACAAAAGCUCUAGAUAUCUUUAAAAUUUUAAUUUGAAAGCUAACGAAUCGCCGAUCGAUUUAUUGUCCAAUAAGUUUUAUUGGUUAAUCGAUGUGUAUUUUAUUCGUUUUUUUUUGUUUUUUUUUGUUGUUUGUUUUUUUUUUAUUUUAUUUUAUUUUCUUUUUCUCUCUCUUUUUUUUUUUUUUUUGUUUAAUUUACUGCGUUUUCGCGAUCCUCGGCUUUCCGACAUAAUCCGUCCCCGAAUGAUACAAAAAAAAAAAGUCGUUAACUUUGUGUAUUACACGUAAACACACACGGAUCUAUUAUGUUAGGCAUGCAAUCAAGCAUAAAUGAUGAAUACACGAUCUAGAGAUAUAGAUGAAUUUUUUUUUCUUAGGGAGUAGCGAGCAAUGUGCAUCGACGGUGCGUGCAUGGAACCACGAAUUUUCUUAAAAAACAUUAAAAAAUAAAAAAUAAAAGUAAUAAUAAUAAUAUAAUAAUAAUAAUAAUAAUAAUAAUAAUAAAACGACGACAUCAACAACAACAACAACAAAAGAAUACAAUGCACCAGAGUGUCAGAGAAUCAUAAAGAAAUUGAAAUAAAUAAAAUAAAGUAUCUUCGUACAUUGUACGAUACUAAUAAGUAUGGUUCUCGAUAUUUUCAUGGUACACAACAUAGGCAAAUACCCACAAUGAAACACAUUCGUGUAAUUUACAGUUUACACAAUGCGAAAAAGCGAAUAUUUAGGAAUACAAUUGCCACAGCGUUUGACGGAUCCGAAACGCCGUACUCCGAGAAAAAAAAUAUGAAUAUAUUAACUUAAAUGGUUUUACUUGUAUUAAAACGAUUGUAAAUAUAUAUUAGAUACACCUUAUAAUAAACAUAAUUUAACAUA